UACGUUCUGCGCAAGCGCUGCUGAUCCUGCGCUGUCAUGGCUCCCAACAUAAACAGAAAGUGGUGAAUAACGACACGUUUUGUCGUAGUUCUUAGCCAAACUCCCUGCAGCUAAACUUUAACUCUGUUUAUCAGCCGGAGAGAUAAGCGACAGGUACUUUACAAGGUUAAAGUAACUACAGAGUCUCUUUUGCCCACUUUAUUUCUCUCUUAACGUUCGGCGUGUCUGCUAGCUAGCCGUUAGCCGCAAAGACAUGACAGCGUGAUUCUCGUGUUUUCCUCUUGGCUGCUACACGGACUUCAAGACAGUAACGGCAGCAGCAAGUGUUGACAAUUUACCCAAAACAAAUGUCUCUUUCACAGGGAAUAACAUGUCUGGGGGAAACAAAGCCAUUGAGUUACAGCUUCAGAUGCGACAAAACGCGGAGGAUCUGCACAGCUUCAUGAAGGAGCUGGAGAACUGGGAGACAGACAUAAAGCAGAGGGAUGAGGAGCUGAGGACAGGAGGACUCCAGGAGGUUCAGAAGAAACUCCCACCUGUGCGCAACAAAGACUUCAAAACAAAGAUGAAGGGAAAGAAGAAGAAGAAGAAGAUGGACCCUGCUCCUGGAAAUGGAGACACUAAAGCAGAAGAGCACAAACAAGAAUCAAGAAUUAAAGCAUAUGACUAUAGAUCAUGGGACAAGUUUGAUGUGGACAAGGUUCUGGCUGAGAUGGAUAAAGAAGAAAGUCCAGCAGAGUCAAAUGAGUCUGAGUCAGAGGAAAAUGUAGUUGAUCAGGAGAAAGCGCUGGCAGAGAAGGAAAAGGGUAAUAAGUUUUUCAAAGAUGGGAAGUAUGAUGACGCUAUAGAAUGUUACACCAGAGGGAUGGGUGCAGAUCCUUACAACCCUGUGCUUCCCACUAACCGAGCCACCUCCUUCUUCAGACUCAAAAAGUACGCUGUGGCUGAGUCUGACUGCAACUUGGCAAUCGCUCUGGACAGCAACUACUUCAAAGCGUACGCGCGAAGAGGAGCAGCGCGCUUUGCUCUGAAGAAAUAUGAAUCUGCAUUAGAAGAUUAUGAUAUGGUUCUCCAGCUUGACCCCGGGAACAUGGAGGCACAGAGCGAAGUGAAGAAAAUCAAAGAGGCCCUUGGACAAGAGGGUCCGACCAAUCGAAGUGAAGCCACGCGGCCACAGGACGCUCCUGCAGUCGACCCUGGGCAGCAGAGACUGAUGGAGGAGCAGCAGAAAAAACAAGAGGCAGUUAUGCAAAAAGACAGAGGGAAUGCUUAUUUCAAAGAGGGGAAAUAUGAAGCAGCCGUGGAGUGCUACAGCAGAGGCAUGGAGGCAGACAGUAUGAAUGUCCUUCUUCCCGCCAACAGAGCCAUGGCCUACCUCAAGCUGGAGAAGUAUAAAGAAGCGGAGGAGGACUGCACUAAAGCCAUUUAUCUGGACAGGACUUACUCCAAGGCUUUUGCUCGCCGAGGCACAGCCAGAGCGGCUUUAGGGAAAGUGGAGGAGGCCAAACAAGAUUUUCAGGAGGUGUUGAAGCUGGAACCAGGGAACAAACAGGCCUUGAAUGAACUCCAGAAACUCCAGACAGACACAGGUUGCAGCAGCCUCCUUCAAACAGAGGACAGCUCACAGAGGAGAACAGUGCAGCCCAUCGACAAACCAACACAUCUGCGCUCAACUAAACCUCUGAGGAGGAUUGACAUCGAGGAGGUCAGUGGUAAGGCAACGGUACCUGAGGUGGAGUCAGGUGGGUCCAAGUCUUCCAUCCAGGAAGUGAUAAGGGAGACUGAGGAGGGAUCCUCUCCACUGUCGACGUCACCCAGCGCCAAGAUGAUCAAAAUUGAGGAGAUAGCAGAUGCCCCCUCGCUCGCAUCAGAACCACUUCCUCCCAGUAGACAGACAGAACGACCAGCACGGGAGGAUGUCAUUCAUUCGCCUGAGCCAUCAGCCACCCCCUCCCCCACAGUGACAGACCUGCCCCCUCCACCCACCAGCAGCUUCCAGCUGGAGGCCGACCUCCGCAAGAUCGGAAAGCAGCCUGAAGUGAUUUACAGAUAUCUGAGGCAAAUCAUGCCUGAGGAGUACAUCAAAAUUUUCCAAAACUCCCUUGAACCUGACAUCCUCAAUCAGAUCCUGAAGACGCUGCACGAGUUUUACAUAAAGAAUGAAUCGCCGGCUGUGACACUGGAGAUUCUCAGCAGUCUAGCGAGCGUAAGGCGCUUCGACAUGGCCGUCAUGUUCAUGUCGUCCUCGGAGAGAAAAGUGCUUAAAGAACUGUUUGAUUUCCUUCACCAAGCUGAGCUGGAAGAAUCGUCUGUCACAGCCUUACAGAAGAAGUACGGUGUGUGACGCUCCAGUUUUAAGCAACAGACUUAACCCUUCAACACAGAGUUCUACUUUGGAUCUACAGCAAAUGAAACAAUUUAGUCAUAUUCAGUACUGAAUAAACUUUCAUGAAAGUAAUUUUCAUAAAAGUGGCGGUUUGCUUAUCCAGUGUGUUUGGGCUCAGGUGGGACAAAAAAAGGAAGACAUCCAAUGAACUGAAUCUUGUGGAGACUGGAAAUUGGUAUGCAGUUACAGUAUUAUACUGAUGCUCUAGUGAUGCUCUAUGAGCUUUUCAUAUCAUAAGAGUCAGGUAACUACUGUACAUCUUAUAGGGGAUUAUACCUCAGCAAGGAGGAGUGUUCUAUCAACAGAAGUGUUGGUCUCUCUGAGUACUCUACCCAGUGAAAGAAAAUGGCUAAACCUGCUUAGACUACAGAAAACUGAGUAAUGGAGGUGUUCAGACUUAAAAAACUGGACUGAAUAAAGGUGUAUUUUGCA